AUGGCAAGAAGAACAAAAAAAGUAGGAAUAACAGGUAAAUAUGGUGUGAGAUAUGGUUCAUCAUUGAGAAAAAGAAUUAAAAAAAUAGAAAUAAAUUAGCAUAAAAAAUAUAUAUGUAUAUUCUGUAAUAAAAGAACUGUUAAGAGAAUAGCAGCAGGUAUAUGAAAUUGCAAAAAUUGUUUAAGAAAAGUAGCAGGAGGUGCAUAUGAAUAUAUAACCCCAGGUUUAACAUCCCUAAUAGCAAAUACAAAAAGAUUAAGAGAAAUACAAGAAUCAUUAUUAACUAAUAACCCUAAAUUAAUUUAA